CGAAUAGUCAGUCAGUCAGUUGGGCACACGCCAGCCACCCUAAAACACGUCGAGUGAAUUUUCGAGAGAAAAUAGUGCUGAAGAAAAAAGUGAAAAAUUUGUUCAUAAGCAAAUCAAAAAAAAAAAAAUCAUAAAAAAAUAAAUAAAAUUUAUUUUCUAUACAAUUUGAAAACAACGACAACAAAUUAAAACAAAAUGAGCAAAUUUGCGUGGGUGACGCUAACAACGAAUGACACGUACUCGCUGGGCGCUUUGGUGUUGGCGCAUUCGCUACGCCGCACCGGCACCGCCCAUCAGUUGGCCGUCUUGGUGACGCCUGCCGUGACGGCAGCCAUGCGCCAGCGCCUACAAGACGUCUACAAUGUCGUGCAGGAGGUGAAUGUUUUGGACUCACAGGACGCCGCCAAUUUGGCGUUGCUCGCACGUCCCGAACUCGGUGUCACAUUCACAAAACUGCACUGCUGGCGUUUGGUGCAGUUCGAGAAGUGCGUCUUCCUCGAUGCUGACACACUGGUGCUGCAAAACUGCGAUGAGCUCUUCGAGCGCGAGGAACUGUCGGCCGCUCCCGAUGUAAGCUGGCCCGACUGCUUCAACUCCGGUGUGUUCGUCUAUCGUCCCAGCUUGGAGACGUUCGCCAAAAUCACACAGUUUGCCAUUGAGAAUGGUAGCUUCGAUGGUGGCGAUCAGGGCUUGUUGAAUUUGUACUUCGGCGAUUGGGCGCAAAGCGAUAUUAAGAAGCACUUGCCAUUCAUCUAUAAUGUGGCCGCAUUCGCUUCGUACUGCUACUUGCCCGCAUUCAAACAGUUCAGAGAUAAGAUUAAGAUUUUGCAUUUUGCGGGCAAAUUGAAGCCAUGGCUCAUACAAUUCAAUUCCGAGAAUCGCACAGCACUCACACCCACAGAGUAUGCGCAUGCCGCCGAUUUGAUACAGCUCUGGUGGAACAUCUUCUGCGACAAUGUGCACCAACAAUUGUCCGAUGAUAUGUGUGGCGCCAUCGUUCAUUAUUACUAUCAUUAUCGACCUGAGCCACAACAACAACACGAUCAUUAUUAUCAACAUUAUGAACAUGAGCAACAUCAUCAUCAACACCAUGAAGAACACCAACAACACCACGAACAUUCACCGUCGCCGAACUAUUACGAAUUCGAAAAUAUUAAAGAGUUUCGUGAUCCUUGGGAAGAUUACUAUGAGAAUUUAGCCAGAGAGCGUAGUAAUAGCAUUAAAGCGAGGGAAGAGCAUGUGUCACAGGAACAACAUCAUGAACAUCAUCAAAAGCACGAACAUCACCAGGAGCACGCACAACAUCACGAGCACGAACAGCAUCACGUGCACGAACACCAUCAGGAGCACGAACAACAUCAAGCACACGAAUGGCAACAACCCGAGCCAACACACGAGUGGCAAAACAGAGCGGAAAAUCAAUCAAGACAACCACAUAGUGAGGCUAAUUACGAGCGAGAACAACCAGAGCCACAGCAACAACAACAACAAGAGUACCAUGAACAACCACAAAAGCCAAUAGAACAAUAUCAGGAACAUGUCUCCCAUGAAAUUCAUGAAACGCAUGAUAGUCCUGCUAGCCAUGAAUCCCAUGAGCAAAGUACAAAACAUUCAACAAGCGAAAAUGUUGAAACCACUGCCAUUGAGCAACAAAUUUAUGAAGCUGAUAUUCAUAAAGAGAACACUGCCCAAAAAGAACAACAACAACAACAACAACAAGACUACUCAUCUGUAACGCAAAAAGCACAAAGUUCAGAUGAGACUAAUACAAAUACCAUUAGCACUAGGUCUAGUACAGAUAAGCAAGCAUUCCGUAGUGAAGAUGUGAAUGAAAGAGAAACAGAAAACAAAGACAAAACUAAUGAAAAGAAUGAGGCUGGUUUGGCUGGCGCUUUAUCCCAGCUGCGUCUCGGUGAGCAACGCACACCCGAACAGGAGGCCUACGAACAGCUGAUGCGUCGUCAAUGCUGGGAGGCCGGGCAAAUCGAUUACACAGGCAGAGAUGCCUUCGAGAAUAUUUGGAAGAAAAUAACGCAAACUUUGGAAUCGAAGCCCGGCGCAACGCCGCCACAGGAGGAGGAUAAGUCUGCAGAACAACAUUACAUAGAAAAUCCAAUGCCUCCUAACAACUUUAUCCCUUUACCAAUAGGUGGCAAUGUGCCAGAGGAUAGCGGAGAGAAUGCUGAUGAUUCGGAACGCUUAGAACGCAUUAAUCGCAUGUUGCAAGAGAGCGCUGAGAAAGUGGCAGAGCCGAGUGUGGCCGAUGAAUUCACACGCCCGCUAUUGGCAGCGCCGACUAACAACGCUUCGACGCGCAGUCGUUCGCCAGCAAAGCCAAGCACUAACAAUAUUAAUACUAAUAUAAGCAAUAACAAUAACAACAACAACGCUACUAAUACAACGAUACAAAAGAGCUUGAAACGAACGGCUUCACCGAGACCGAUACAACAAUCACAAGUACAGCAACAACAACCAAGACUAUUACAGACCGAACUACAGUUGCAAGAGCAACAGCAACAACAGCAAGCCAUACAAAGACAACUACAGCAACAACAAGAGUUGCAACGACAACUAUUACAACAACAGCAACAAGAGCUGAAGAGGCAAUUACAAAAACAAGAACAGCAACAAGCAACACAAAGACAACUGCAGCAACAAGAACAACAGAAGACAAUACAAAGACAAUUACAACCACAGCAACAACAACCAACAAUACAAAGACAAUUGCAACCACAACAGCUGGGUGCCGUACAAAAACAAGUACCACAGCUACAGCAGGUGACAGUACAAAGACAAAUAUUACAACAACAGGUAACAGUACAAAGUCAGUUGCAGCAACAGCAGUUGACAGUAACACAACAACAUGUGACAAUACAAAAACAAGCGCCACAACCAGUGCCACGCAGUCCUAAACUAACUCCACAACCGCUAUCGCCACCACCCAUACAACAACAACCGCUAUUGCAGACACAACAACUACUACAACAGCAACAACAACAACCACGUAAACAAGUCCCCUUACAACCACAACUACAACAACAACCGACUACACAACAACCACAACGCCCACCCAGACAGAAUCAACAUCAUCAACUACAACAACAACUACCGCAAACUUCCCAACAAGCGCAAGCACAAAGUUCGGCCGCCAAGCAAAUUUCCACCAAAUCGAAUCGCAAAUCCAAAUAACAAUUACUCAAAUUGGUGGCACGUUACGGUUGUCUGUUGCCCACGUGCAUCCUUGAGGAGCUCGCGGGCGUACGGCUGCCGAACCCAGUACAUGUAUGAGAGCAAAAGAUGGUUGAACCCACGAAUCCGAAGUUGUAGCUGUAGUUGUAGUUGUUUUUUGUAAAAGACCCUUGACAUUGUACAUACUUACAUACACACACACAUACAUACUAACAUUACUAAAAAUAUUUACUCGCGAGAGACCUGAUUCUCAAAGUGAUAACUCGUUGAAGGAGAGAGGGAAAGCUGCGCGCAGGCGCAGCGGUUAAGUGCUUUAUUGAUUGAGACUCAAGUCAAAGUUGUUAGAAAUUAAAAAAAGUUAUUAGAAAUUAGCUGCGUAAGAAGCUUAAAAAACUAAAACGCAAAAAUCUACACUAAAACCCACAAACUAACACAAACACUAACGAUCCACCGAAUAUUAUUUAUUUACACACACAACUCUUUUCUUUAUACAACAACAACAACAACAA